GGGACUGCGCAGUUAUCGCGAGCCGAGGCGAGAUUGGCGUGUCUUGCGGCACCGCACUCGUUUACCUGGUCGCUCGGCCUGCGUCACCUUUCCCGGGCCGGGAAGACAGCGGCGCCCGACGCCCCUCGAGUGUGCGCUAUGGGGAAGGCCCGGCCGGCCGGGGCGCGGAGGCCAGCCCCCAGGACUCCGGUGAAGGCCAACCCCAACCCAUUCGAGGUGAAAGUCAACAGGCAGAAGUUCCAGAUCCUAGGCAGGAAGACGCGCCACGACGUGGGGCUGCCCGGCGUGUCGCGCGCGCGGGCCAUCAGGAAGCGCACCCAGACUUUACUGAAGGAGUACAAAGACAGGGACAAGUCCAACGUAUUUAAGGAUAAGCGCUUUGGGGAAUACAACAGCGACAUAAGCCCAGAGGAGAAGAUGCUGAAGAGGUUCGCACUGGAACAGCAGCGACAUCAUGAGAAAAAAAGCAUCUACAACCUAAACGAAGACGAAGAGUUGACGCAUUACGGCCAGUCUCUGGCGGACAUCGAGAAGCACCAUGACAUCGUGGACAGCGACAGUGACGCAGAGGACCGGGGGGCCUUGUCUGCUGAGCUGACCGCUGCACACUUCGGAGGUGGAGCUAGGCUCCUUCAAAAGACUGCUCCGCAGGAAGAGGAGGACAAGCCAAAGUCACGGAAGGAGCUGAUCGAGGAGCUCAUUGCAAAGUCCAAGCAAGAGAAGAGGGAGAAACAGGCACAGCGGGAAGACGCCCUGGAACUCACGGAGAAGCUGGACCAGGACUGGAAAGAAAUCCAGACUCUUCUGUCACACAGGACUCCCAAGUCGGAGAACAGAGAGAAGGAGAAGCCCAAGCCUGAUGCCUAUGACGUGAUGGUUCGUGAGCUUGGCUUCGAGAUGAAGGCGCAGCCCUCUAACAGGAUGAAGACGGAAGAGGAGCUGGCGAAGGAGGAGCAGGAGCGGCUCAGGAAGCUGGAGGCUGAAAGACUUCGAAGAAUGCUUGGGAAGGACGAGGAUGAAAAGACAAAGAAACCCAGACACAUGUCAGCGGAUGAUUUAAAUGACGGCUUCAUACUGGACAGAGAUGACAGGCGUUUGCUUUCUUACAAAGAUGGAAAGAUGAACGUGGAGGAUAUCCAGGAGGGGCGAAGCAGGGAAGCCAGCAGCCUGGAGGAGGAGGAGGAGGGUGAGGAGAGCGAUGAGGAGGAGGAGGAGGGCCAGGAGGAGAGCGAGGGUCCAGACAGCUGCUCAGACCUGGACUCCAACGAGGACAGCGAGGAGGACCUUGAGAAGCCAGAGGAGGAGCAGUGUCAGGCUCCAGGCGGAGGAUCCCUAAGCCAUGGUCAGAGAGCUGGCAGAGCUGCUGGAAGUGAGCUGCCCUAUACCUUUGCAGCACCCGAGUCCUGCGAGGAGCUGAGAUUGCUGCUGUCGGGAAGGUCAGUGGAGGAGCAGCUUCUGGUGGUGGAGAGAAUUCAGAAAUGCAACCAUCCGAGUCUUGCUGUGGGGAACAAAUCAAAACUGGAGAAGCUGUUUGGCUUCCUUCUGGAAUACGUUGGAGAUUUGGCUACCAGUGACCCACCAGACCUCAAAGCAAUUGAUAGAUUGGUCCUGCAGCUGUAUAACCUCUGCCAGAUGUUUCCCGAGUCUGCAAGCAGCUCCAUGCAGUUCGUUCUCCGAGACGCCAUGCACGAGAUGGAGGAGAUGAUCGAGACCAGGGGCCGGGCCGCGUUGCCGGGCUUGGAUGUGCUCAUCUACUUGAAAAUUGCCGGGCUGUUGUUUCCAACUUCCGACUUCCGGCACCCUGUCGUGACCCCUGCCCUGAUGUGCAUGAGCCAGAUCCUCACCAAGUGCCCCGUGCUGUCCCUCCGAGACGUGGUAAAAGGCCUGUUCGUGUGCUGCCUCUUCCUGGACUACGUGUCUCUGUCUCGGAGGUUCAUACCUGAGCUUGUGAAUUUUCUCCUUGGGAUUCUCUACAUCGCAGCUCCAAACAAGCAAAGCCACGGCUCCAUGCUGGUGCACCCUUUCAGACCGCAUGGGAAGAAUUCUGAAUUGCUCUUGCUCUCCUCGGAGGACGACGUGGCUACGUGGCAGAGGGGAAGUCUCCCCCUGCACUGGGCCAGUGGGCCACGCGCCCUGACCACGGCUGAGGCCAACCACGUCAGGCUGUCCUGCUUGGCCACGGGGCUGGCGCUGCUGAGGCGCUGCGUACUCAUGUACGGUGCGCUGCCAUCCUUUCAUGCCAUCUUCAGGCCCCUCCGAGGCCUCCUCAAGGAGCACCAAGGAGCGCGCAGCCACCCCCCAGAGCUGCAGGAGCUGGCCCAGAGCAUACUGACAGAUAUAGAAAACCAGACGCAGCUCUGCCGGCCGCUAAUCUGUGAGAAGAGCAAGCCGGUCCCCCUGAAGCUCUUCACCCCCCGGCUGGUGAGAGUCCUUGAGUUUGGAAGGAAGCAAGGCAGCACCAAGGAGGAGCAGGAGAGGAAGCGGUUGAUCCAUAAACACAAGCGGGAGUUUAAAGGUGCCAUCCGGGAGAUCCGGAAGGACAACCAGUUCCUGGCCAGGAUGCAGCUCUCCGAGAUCAUGGAACGGGAUGCGGAAAGAAAAAGAAAAGUAAAGCAACUGUUUAAUAGCCUGGCUACACAGGAAGGUGAAUGGAAGGCUCUAAAGAGGAAAAAGUUCAAGAAAUAAAUAAACGCUUUGUAAACGAG